GUGACUUCAGCCUCAGGUCUGCGUGUCUCUGAGUGUGUAUGUCCCAUCUCUGAGCACGCGCACGUGUAUGUGCCCUUCUGUCUGUAUAUGCAGCAGAGAGAGAUGGCGUACUGGCCAUGGGUACUCUUCUUGCCACUUGUGGCUCAAGCCGAAAGCGGAGGAGGAGAUUAUGAGUGCAAUGUGAGCUGCUUCUCCCAUUUGAAUGUCAAGGAACACGGCACCUUAACCUGUCAACUCGAGAAUGAAAGCAUUGAUGAGGUGACAAAUAUAACCCUAUGUGUCAAUAAUCGUGGACGAUCCCCCUGCCAUGACGGAGAAAGGAAGGGAAACAUCAUCACAUUCAAUAGCCUGACUGCAAUCAGUGAAUAUGAGCUUGUUAUCUGCUUUGCAUCAAUGGAAAAAUAUCAUAGCAGGUUUCAUCUUAAAGAUAUAAUCAAGCCGAUGCCACCCUGGAUUGUGAAUGCAACAUUUUCAGAGAGCAGCAACGCGGCAGCAAUACACAUUGGAACUCCAUACGAGGGAGAUUACCUUGGAGGAAAACUUAAGUUUCAAGUAAAGAUCGAAGGCCCUGACAAACACCUGGAAAGAGCAAUUUCCUACCAGUCUUUAACCAUUGAGGGGGCAUAUUUGAAAAUGAACACAAUGUACUUUGUGAAGGUCAGGGCAAUACCUAAUGGGGAAUACUUCAAAGGUACAUGGAGUGAGUGGAGCCCAUAUAAAAGUUUCAAGACACCCGCACUAAAGGAAAGAGAUGCUUCAUUGCUGAUAUACAUCCUCCUUGCUUGUCUGCUCAUCCUGCUGCUGAUUAUUGUGACGGCACUCCUGCGAUGGCACAAAGUUAUCAAGUCUUCCAUAUGGCCAAGUAUUCCCAACCCCAAAAAUACUCUACUCCAAAUGUACAAGCCAAAUAGAGGUCUGCCCGUUAGCUUCAACCCUGAGGCCUUCAGUGAUCGGAACAUUCACAUGGUGGACCACGUUGAGGCGAAGCCAAGUGCCCCCGAGCUAAUGGAAGCGUGGGACAGCUAUGAGGUCAGGCAUCAGAGCCAGGAGUGUGGAGGGCUGGAGGGCUUCCUGUGGAACUCUGCCGACAACCACAGAGAGUCCAGCCCUAUGCUGUCGAGGAGCACACAGGAUGGAGAAGACAUGGUUGGGGGGACCCCAAAGCAGGGAUUGUUGGAUGGGUCAGAGGUCGUCUACGGUGGCAGCAAUGAUGGGGUAAAAAGCCUGCCAUUACCCCAGACAGGACGGAGAGAGGAGGCAUAUGUAACCAUGUCCAGUUUCCUCAAGACCCAGUGAGAGGAAAAAAUAUGAUGCAGAUCGUCAGUUAUCAGAGUGAUCCCUAUGAGUCAAGAAAUGUAACAAUCCACUUCACAGCUUCUCAGUUAUGGGUCUGCUGCUGCUUCUGUCUGUGCAGUGCAGCCAAACAAGAGUAUGGUACCAUCACAACAUUCCUUCUGCUGUAGAUCAUGCACUAUUCUUUUGACAACACCCACCAUGCAACAGGACACUAUCAGUACCCAGCACUGUGCUUAUUUCUGGGGCUUAUAUCUCAGGGCUUUGGUACAGAGGAUCAAAGAAUGUUAUUUGUGAGGGAGGAGUGGGCAGAGAUUAACCGCCACCCCAUGUUCUUCACUCUGUUUGCACUCACCGUAUUUCAUGUCAUUUUGUAGCCUUUGGGACAUCCAAACGAACUGCUGCUCGGU